GAGCGAGUGAGUUGAGCUCCAUAGAAUCAGACUCUGAAUUCCACCAUUGUUGUGCUUCUGUUCUAGAAGAGGAGAGAAGAGAAGAGUUGAGUAGAGUAGAGUUCCUCCAUUGUUUUUGUUGCCUCUUCCAAUGGAGGAUCCUCAGAACAGUAACGGAAGCUCUUUGGCCGAGGUGACGGAGACCGAGGAAGUCGUCACGGUCGUUCCAGGCCCCGGUGCACCGCCGAGAGCUCGCCCCAAGCGUCCUCUCCAGUUCGAGCAUGCCUACCUCGACGCCCUUCCCUCCGCCAACAUGUAUGAGAAAAGUUAUAUGCACCGUGAUGUGGUUACGCAUGUUGAUGUGUCCUCUGCUGAAUUUAUCAUAACUGGAAGUGCUGAUGGACAUUUAAAGUUUUGGAAGAAAAAGUCUGUUGGUGUUGAAUUUGCGAAGCAUUUCCGAUCCCACCUUGGUCCGAUUGAAGGCUUAUCUGUCAGUUCCGAUGGUUUGCUUUGCUGUACAAUUUCAAACGAUCAUGCUGUCAAGAUAUACGAUGUAGUAAACUACGAUAUGAUGGUGAUGAUUCGCCUGUCCUUUGUUCCUGGUGCUGUUGAGUGGGUCUACAAACAAGGAGAUGCAAAAGCAAGGGUUGCUGUUAGUGACCGAAACUCAAGAUAUGUACACAUAUUUGAUGCACGAGCUGGUUCAAAUGAAGCUAUCAUUUCCAAAGAGGUACACUUGGAACCGGUGAAAGUUAUGAAGUACAAUCACUCAUUUGAUACUGUAAUUUCAGCUGACACUAAAGGAAUGAUUGAGUAUUGGAGUCCUGUCACAUUGCAGUUCCCUGAGGAUAAGGUCAAGUUUAGAUUGAAAAGUGACACUAAUCUCUUCGAAAUUGUAAAGUGCAAAACUACUGUCUCUUCACUUGAGGUGAGCCCCGAUGGUAAGCAAUUUUCAAUUACAUCGCCUGAUCGACGGAUACGCGUGUUUUGGUUUGAAACGGGUAAACUAAGACGUGUAUAUGAUGAGUCUCUUGAGGUGGCCCAAGAUGUUCAGAGAAGUGAUGUGCCUUUAUACCGAUUAGAAGCUAUUGAUUUUGGACGAAGAAUGGCUGUUGAGAGGGAGAUUGAGAAAACAGAAAGUGCACCGCCGCUGAAUGCAAUUUUUGACGAAAGCUCCAAUUUUCUUAUAUAUGCAACCCUACUGGGGAUAAAAGUGGUAAAUCUACACACCAAUAAAGUGGCUCGAAUACUUGGAAAGGUGGAGAACAAUGAUAGGUUUUUGAGAAUUGCCUUGUAUCAAGGUGAUCGAAGCAGUAAAAAAGUUCGAAAAAUUCCCGCAGCUGCAGCAAAUGCCAAUGAAAGCAAAGAUCCUUUGACAGAUCCUACUCUUGUAUGUUGUGCUUUCAAGAAGCACAGAAUCUAUCUAUUCAGUCGGAGAGAACCUGAGGAACCAGAAGAUGCAACUAAGGGAAGAGACGUGUUCAAUGAAAAGCCACCCGCCGAUGAACUCUUGGCUGUAUCAGAUAUUGGCAAGUCUGUUACAACAUCUCUUCCUGAAAAUGUGAUUUUGCAUACCACAAUGGGUGAUGUUCAUAUGAAAUUAUAUCCUGAGGAAUGUCCAAAAACUGUGGAGAACUUCACUACUCACUGUCGGAAUGGCUAUUACGAUAAUCUUAUUUUUCAUCGGGUCAUUAAAGGCUUCAUGAUCCAAACUGGAGAUCCUUUAGGAGAUGGCACUGGUGGUCAAUCUAUUUGGGGUAGGGAGUUUGAAGAUGAAUUUCAUAAGAGUUUGCGACACGACCGACCGUUCACUGUUUCCAUGGCUAAUGCGGGGCCAAAUUCAAAUGGAUCUCAGUUCUUUAUCACUACAGUGGCUACUCCUUGGCUGGAUAACAAGCAUACCGUUUUUGGCAGAGUUAUAAAGGGAAUGGAUGUUAUACAGGGUAUUGAGAAAGUGAAGACAGACAAAUCAGACAAACCCUACCAAGAUGUCAAAAUCCUAAAUGUGACUGUUCCCAAGUCUUAGGUUUUCUCCCUCGUAUAGUUUGUCUGGCAUCCGAUCCCCGACAAAGAGCGGGUUCAGGUAAAUUUCCAUGUUUUCAUAUUGUUGUCACUCUUCAUCAUAAGGAGAUGGAUCUUCUGUAAUAUUUGAGAAACAGUGUGUAACGGUUGGAGAAAAGCGUAGACGAGGAAAAAUCCGAGGCAUGAUUGGCCCUUGAAGCGGAACAUAGUUUUUUUGUUUCUUAGGAUGUGAAGUUGAUUGCUAUAAAGGAUGUGAAGUAACAUGUUUUUAUUUAGUAAUUACAUUUUUAGUUAACUUUCUUGUUUUCUUUCUAAACAUAAGCCGAUUAAUGCUCGAGUUAUCGGUACUGCUUCUGUGAUUCCCAUAAUUUUGCUUUUGCUGGUUCUAUAGAUCAUGCUUAUGAUUA